AUGAACAGGUCUGCGCAUCUGGUCAUGGUCGAAGGCGUGUGCGUGCUCCUGACGAUGGUGGUCGCCGUCAACGGUUCCAUUAACGUCGUUUGGGACAGCGGGCUCGACUGGUUUUGGAUGUCUCUGCUGCUCUUUUUCAUCUCGCCAGCGCUGAAGGGGAGCUACAUCUGCCGCGCGCUCCGCCUGGCCGUGGUUUUCCACCCGAGGGCGAAGCGUGCCCUACCGUGGCUCAUCCCGGAGCGCAACUACAUGGUGGUGCUGCUGGUAGUAAGCGUGGGAAUGAUGGCAAUCCCCAUCUAUCAGGAGUACACGUUGGAGGUUUGGGAGAUCAUUCCGAAACAGACCACUAUUCUCACGACAGAGGCCCUGGUGUUCGCGGUGACGCUGGCCUGCAUUUAUCCCUUCAUCCGGAACGUUGACGAUCUAUUCAACAUCAGCAAGGAGCUCUUAUUGGUUACCGUGGCGAUCGUGUGCCUUGCAGUCGUGCAGAAGGCCGCCGCGGAGUGGGGAGGGGUGUACGAGCAGAGAUGGGUUGGAAACAACAUUUCUAUCUUUAUCGCUGCUGUUCUCUUUGGCAUCAGUAUCGUGGACCCGCUGCGACGCCUAGCGAUGGAUCCUUUGGCAGCAACAAAGCGCAACUACGCCGAUCGGGUACUGCUAAGCCGCACGGCACCCGACAGCACGGUGAGAACAGCGUCAGGGGUUUCGUCAGGAAGAAGCCGUGACCCCUCAAGGAUACGUGCCAACAGCGAAGAGGAAGCCAGGCUCGAGGAAGGAGAUCUUGGAGGAGUCCUGGACAAGGACGAAACAACAACGGCGGGUGACGUUAGCAACGUCGUCGCCUCGGCCGUCGUUGGUAACGGUGUGAUUACCACAUCCACCGCCGACACCAACGAUGCUGUUGCUGCCGGUACGUGGAACGAGCGGGAACCAAUCAAUACCUCCGUCUUUACGAAGCAAUCGUCAUCCGUAUCCAACGACACAAGCAUCGGCGGCAACAGACGCGACGUCGUCCAGAGGGGGCCGAGGGAGAGGGCUUUCUUCCGUGGCCGCCGUGGUGGUGGUGGCGGUCGAGGCCGUCCGGAAAGAGAGGAGAUGGAGGUGUGGAACUUCGAACGGCUUGCGAGGACGCCGCUGCUAGCCGUCGCGUUCGAGGACUAUUCCAAGAGGGCGCUUUGCCACGAGUCGGUGCUCUUUCUGACCGAGGUUUCUCGGUAUCAGCACGAAGACUACGCUACCCCGACAAAAGAUGCUAUCCGGUCAUCUCCGAGCCAGUUCGGCACGUUCUGCUACAUCACAAACACCUUCAUUAAGGCCGGCUCGCCGGAGGAAGUGAACAUCAGCGACGCGGACAAGAAGCGGAUUCUCGAGUUGUACCAGAAGGGCGAAGAGCACUUCGAGGACGUCAACGAGGAGGAGAGAAGGUUGAUUUUUGGGCGAGCGUAUCUAGAGGUGAAGAGUAUGCUGGAAGCCAACCUCCUCCGCCGCUUUCUGAACACGGAUCGCUUCAAGAGCGUGAGGAUGCAGAGGGAAAACGUCCAGACCAUGAUGGACUCCCCACCCCUACCGGCGGGAGUAGCAGCUGCUUAGACGUGAGGACAUAUAGCUAGCUAGGCAGGCACAACGAUACGGCCGGAGCAGGGUUCCUUGGCGGAUUUGGGGUAUUGCUACUGUAGAGGAUUUUCGGAAAUAUUUCUAUUUCACACUCCCUCAUUCCCUUCAUCGGGCGUCGACAUUAAAAAAUACUGGUCUUUCAUAUCUUCAAUAUUCACGCAGAAGCAGCCAGCCCCGCAGAAGCAGCCAGCCCCGGGUGAUAUUAAGCUAGGUGGCUCACGGUAUGGAACGUAUCAAUGCUGCCGUCGAUAGAGAGGUCAAGAUUCCACCCACCGGGGUGCAGAAGUAGCACCUACCGAAAUCAUGUUGGUCGAGGGUGAACAGGCGGGGGUUUGGCGAGUGAGGUGCUCGGAUUGAUUGAUUGAUGGAUCUUGACGACAAUCUCCCUAGACUUGCUUCAAGCACCGGGAGUGUUUGUCCAAGCUGAAAUGAACCACCCACUACCCGCAAGGGCGGGGCGGGGUCAUGAGGACCUCGUUGUUUCGAGCUAUUUGCCCCACCCCUUCUUACUGGGAAUGGAGAUCCAUCGAGAGGGAGAGAGAGAGAGCGCCAAGCAACGCUGGUUGUACCUGGACUCAACGGUAGGUCCACGAAGACUGCUGUGUGCACGGGGCAUCUGAACAGGUGUUGCUGGAAACGAGGCACACCUUGUUCGGCGUCCUCCCCAGCUCUCGGUGAGGUACAUUGCAAAGCUAGUUCCGUCUGAGGCGAAAAAUCUCAAAACCGAAAUGAUCUGAGUGGAAAGAGCGAGGUAGGGAGAACUUUAUGUACGUUUGAAAACAGGACAUGCAUUUUCAUUGAGAUGGGCACGCAGGGGAGGGCAUCUGCCCCCAAGUGUUCCGAUCGGUCUUUGUGCGGCGUGGCAGCGGUGGGCCAACUAUAGGUAAACUUGGAGUAACAUCGUGAGGUGGCAAAAGAGAUUUGGCCCCUUUUCGAGUGUUGGAGGUUGUUGCGCCGGAUGAUAGGGAUAGGAUAAUACGGUUUCACAUUUGGAGUGCACUAUACAUCAUGGAGUUUGAAUAUGAUUGGGUUGAAGAAUAGUUAAAAAACGUAAAUAUUGAGGUGGAAUUGCAGGGGGUGGACCGCAGCAUGGGCAGGAAGUUGCACGGGCAAGUAGGUGGUAGGGUGUUUCCCUCGCCGCGACAAGAACAGAGUUAUUAUGUGAUUUAUUUUCACCUGUCUGUAUCGGAUAUCUUCGCUGUUGUUGAUGGUUUCGGACGAGACUCGACCAACCCGCCAAAUUAUGGUGUUCUGACCUCUUUCGCUUUCUUGUUCUGCCCUCGUGUGGCAAACAAUAGAACAGGACGGGGAUGAGGCGACAAAAUCUUCGAGGAUAGCGGCGGAAGAUGAACACUUGAGCCCCAGCCGCUUGGUCUUUUCGACAGUUUGUUGCUAUUUUGUGUGUUCAUUCGCUAUCUCCGUGAUUAAGUUUUGUUGAUAAAUAGGUGCUCCGGGGUGGGGGAAUUCAUGCGGCUGCAGCCUGUGUAUGUAUACGUACAAUAUCUUGGUCCACAGUAGUAGCGUUGAUUACCACGUUUCACUGCUGUUAUCGAGCUGCAUGCGAUGCGAGUUCUUGAACGAGUACGGGAGCAGGGGGGAGAGGGAUGUGAAGAGACCGGUGCAUCCCGAGGUUCCGUCAUUACCGUGAUACCGUUGUGGGAAAUUGUCAAUGUAUAUCUGAUACAGUUCGUAGAAAAAGCUGUAGAAGAAACGUUCUUCAAGGGUUUCUCAUUUGUUGCUACUCGUUGUUUGCCAAAAUCGACGCGUUUGGGCAUUUGUUUUGCUAAAUGCGUGCGUAUGGUUGGUUUAGUUCGGUGAUGUGCUGUUUUGGGCUGUGACAUUUUCUCCCUGGACUACAUACAUGUACUAUUUAUCGUCUACUUUCAUGUGAUAUGACUUCGGCUCUAUCUACCUGUACUGUGGGGCCCAAGUUUCAAUU